CUAUCAAAAGGAAUUUUUUUGUAGUUUCUUAUAAGUUAUUACUUAAUAUAAUAAAAUAUAAUUAAAUUAAUCAUAAUUAACUAUUUCCUUUGUGAAAAUAAAUAUUGAAUAAACGCAUACGUUGGAUACAUUUUAGAAUUAUGUCAACUAAUGAAUCACCUAUUUCCAAAGUGGUAGUUCACCCAUUGGUAUUGCUGAGUGUUGUUGAUCAUUUUACUCGACUAAGAGAAAUUGGCAAUCAAAAGCGAGUAGUAGGUGUAUUACUUGGUUCUUGGCGUCAAAAUAAAGUGCUGGACAUUUCUAAUAGUUUUGCACUUCCGUUUGAUGAAGAUGAUAAAGACAAUUCUGUGUGGUUCCUCGAUCAUGACUAUCUUGAAAAUAUGUAUGAUAUGUUCAAGAAAGUAAAUGCUGGUGAGAAAUUAGUUGGCUGGUAUCACACUGGUCCUAAACUCCAUCAAAAUGACAUUGCUGUUAAUGAAUUAGUGCGCCAGUACUGUGUAAACAAUACAUCUGUCAUGAUAAUUGUUGAUGUUAAGCCCCAGGAUGUUGGUAUACCUACUGAAGCCUACCGUAUUGUGGAGAAAAUUCAUGAUGAUGGAUCACAGCCAUCAAAGACGUUGGAACACAUUACUAGUGAAAUUGGAGCAGAAGAAAUUGAAGAGGUUGGUGUUGAACAUUUACUUAGAGGUAUUAAAGACUUAACUAGAGGUUCCUUAAGCCAACAAAUUGGCAGUAUAAUGUUUGGUGCUCAAGGACUAUACAAACAAAUGGUCGGUAUUAGAGACUAUUUACAACAAGUUGUUGAUGGAAAAUUACCAAUUAAUCACCAAAUUAAUUAUCAUCUACAAGAAAUAUUUAAUCUCUUACCAGAUGUAGAAAAAGAUUCUCUGGUUGCUGCAAUGCACGUUAAAGUAAAUGAUCAUAUGCUUGGUAUGUAUUUAGCAACUACUAUUAGAACCAUUAUUGCAUUACACAAUUUAAUCAACAAUAAGAUUUCCAAUGCUAAUGAUGAAAAGAAACAAUUAAAGAAAUCAGAAGUAAAAAAAGAUAAAGGUGCAAAGGAAAAGAAAACUAAAGAAAACGGUGAAUAAUAUGAUUCAAUUAUACAACAUAAUUAUAAAUAAAUAUUUUAAUAAUAUUUUUUUUGUCUCAAGUUUUGUAAACAAAUUAUAUACCUAAC